AUGGAGCACUCCGCUUCUGCCCCGACGACGACCUCUUCCUCCUCGCCGCAGCGCGGUGGUGGCCGAGAGCUGCAGCUGCAGGGCCCGCGCCCCACGCCGCUGAGGGUGCACAAGGACUCGCACAGGAUCAGGAAGCCUACGGCGCAGGUGCGGCAGCCGGUCAUCAUCUACACGGUGUCGCCCAAGGUCGUGCACGCCCACCCCGCCGAGUUCAUGUCCGUCGUGCAGCGCCUCACCGGCGCCUCCUCCUCCUCGUCUCUCCCGCCGCCACCGCCACAGCAGCAGCCGCCGUUCUCACCCGCCGCCCGCCUCGCCGCCAUCGAGCAGGCGUCGGCGCAGCCAGCCGCGCGGACCGGCGUUCAUCGUGGGGGGCUGCCGCCGUUGCCGAGCAUCCUGUCUCCCGUGCCGGGGUCUCUGCCGGCGAUCCCGCCGGGCUUCUUCUCCCCUCCGUCCGGCAGCGCAGGCGGCAUCAACCUGUUCGGCGAGCUGAUCAGCCCGGCAUUCCCUGGCGACCACGGCGCGUUUGCCGGUGCAGCUCCUCCUCCAAUGUCGUCGUCGUUACAGUACUUCCCAGCUGCAGCUGCGCCGUCGCCGUCCACGCCAUACUACUGGGAUCUCUUCAACAACCACCCAAACCACCUUUGA